UCAUCUUUCUCUCAGACAGAUGUAAAUUAAGCAUUGUAAGCUAACACAAUGGAUAUCCAUUUACAUGUGAAGUUAUUGAAGAGAUAUCAUGCCAACAGGAAAGCAGCACACAGGAAGAUGACAAGCCAUGGGCAGUUUUAUUGUCUCUGAGACAGACCAUGAACUUUGGGAAUAUAAGUAGAAGUCAAAGAAAAUACCUCCUUAUUCUGCACCCAGGAAGUAAAUGGGCAGUGUGUUUAUAUUCAUGAAAACUGGAUCUCAGCCAGCUUUGGUUGAAGACCCUGCAGAAAAUUUUGGGUGCCAUUCUGCUGCAGGUGCUUUCAACAUAAGUAUUCACCAGAUGUCCUAAUAUUUUUACUUUCUCCUCAUAUGGCAGUCCUGAAGUCUUUCCAUGCCUCCAAUUCUUGCCUUUGUCUGGAUCCUUUCAGUUUCUGUGUGAUUUUUGAGUUGGAGAUUAAGAAAAACAGCAGCUGAACUCCUUCCCCUACCCAAGUCUUCGUGAGAGAUUUGUCAUCUGUGUGACAAGCUGCAAUAACUCUAAGAACAAAAUGGCUGCCAUCUCUUCACCCGGCCUGAAAUCUUAGAAAUUUAACGAAUGAGGACCACACCCAAGGACAGGAGCAGAACUGGAUCAUAGGAACACUCGAACUCAGGAACCCUCAGGAAUGAUGCAGGAACCAGGAACCAUAACACUAAGGAUCAGGAACCAAAGUCACAGCAUCAACAAUGUUUGAAAGACAAAGGGAACAUCAUUGAAGUGGGGGAGUGGUCCUGACUAUAAGAUCCAGCCAGACUGUUAUAAGGAUGUGGUGUCAUGGUAAAAGUCAAUACCUCCGAGAAUGAUGACAUUUUUGUACUAACAGAUUAUUUGCCAGCAUAUCCAAGAUGACAUCGGGCUUGAUCCUUCACCUGACAUCUCCAGAGAGCGAGCUGUGGCCAGUGCAUUUCCAGCCAGUGCAAACCCCCAGCCCGGAACCAAUUCAAAUUCGAGCAUCUACAGGGAGAAGAGGAAGAUCCUCAUCUUCUUAAGCCUCCUCAAUGAGUGCCAAGCUCUCCAAGGAGUUGAGGCUGUCUCUGCCACCUUGUCUCUUGAACAGGACAUCUGCCUCCUCCAACGCCAGCAGCACCUGCAUCGCGCAGGUGGGGCAGCUCUUUCAGUCCUUCUCUUCCACUCUGGUUUUAAUCGUCCUGGUCACCCUCAUCUUCUGCCUGAUCCUCCUCUCCCUCACCACCUUCCACGUCCAUAAGAGGAAGAUGAAGAAGCGGAAAAUGCAGAGGGCUCAGGAGGAAUAUGAACGGGACCACUGCAGCAGCAGCCCCGAGGCAGGUAUUCAGGGAGAGACACCCCCUGGAAGAAACCCUCGGCUGGGAAACUCCACCCAGGACUCGGGAAUCCAGCGCCCGUCUCCCCCGGAGCCCCGGAGCGCUCACCCAGCAAGAUCUUGUUUGGACACAGCUAGUGCGGGGCUCCUGCAAACCGUGGUAUUGUCAUGAUUAUUUUGUGGGGGGGACCUCGCCAAGGCUCUGUUUGGUGUUUGUAAAUACUCCAGUGAUGAUUGUAGGCUCUUAAAAGAAAAGUUGUUAAUUAAAACGAACGAACAAACCCACAAUUCAAGCGCA